AGUUCGAUGAAAGUUUUGACGUUUAUCGGUCGCCAUAUCUAAAAAUUUUCAUCAUCGCCGCAGCUAAAUGGAUUGUUCCACAUUCACUUUUUCUCAUUUUUGUGCGCAAAAACAACACUAAAUUCGCAUCGAAAGCAGCCAAAAUAAGGAACAAUGAAGAAAAUCGCCGAGCAGAAGCUGCAGGCUUUCACCGUCGGAACGAUGGGGAAGCGCCAGCUGAGUCGAAAGGAGCUAGAAGAGCAGAAAAAGCGUGAGGAUGAAGCUGCAGCCGCACACGCGUUCAAAGAGUUUGUUGAAACCUUCCAAGAAGCUCCCUCCAAGAUUGGAAAGGUUUGGGUGAAGGCCGGAACGUACGAUGCUGGCUCGAGAAAGGAAGAUAACCGCGACAAGGGUAAGCUGUAUAAGCCCUUGUCGAAGCUGGACGUCGAACAGGAAAAGGCUAACGACUACAUCAAGAUGAUGACCGCCGAGGGCAAGAAGGAUCUGGCAUUGAACAAGAAGAAAGCUCAGGAGAAGAAAAAGAGCAAUCUGGAACUGUUCAAGGAGGAGCUGAGGCAGAUCCAGGAGGAGCGCGAGGAAAGACACAAGUACAAGCACGUUGCCAAAUCGAUGCUGCCGAUGACGGUCGAGCCGGAUCCGAUCUACAAGGAGGAAUCGGGUUCGUUCGACAAUGGUGACCCGAACACGACCAAUAUCUACUUGGGCAACUUGAAUCCAAAGAUAUCUGAGCAAGAGUUGAUGGAACUGUUCGGUAAGUAUGGUCCUCUGGCCAGUAUCAAGAUUAUGUGGCCGCGCUCGGAGGAAGAACGUGCUCGGGGCAGGAAUUGCGGUUUUGUUGCAUACAUGAGUCGUCGCGACGCAGAAAGAGCCUUGAGGGCGUUGAAUGGCAAGGAAGUGAUGAAUUACCUGAUGAAGCUGGGCUGGGGUAAAUCGGUUCCCAUAAUGACUCACCCGCUUUAUAUACCGCCGGCGCUGGUGGCUUACACUCUUCCUCCGCCACCAUCGGGACUUCCGUUCAAUGCACAACCAAACCCGGCCGAUUUGGACAACAUUCCGAAGAUGACCUCCAAGAUGUAUAUGGAAGAACCGGAGAUGAAGGAAAAGAUGGAUGAGGUGCUUUACAAGGCGGUGGUCAAAGUUGUACUCCCGACGGAACGUCAUCUUCUGAUGUUGAUCCAUCGGAUGGUGGAGUUCGUGAUCCGCGAGGGUCCCAUGUUCGAGGCCCUGAUUAUGACCCGGGAAAUCGAUAACCCCAUGUACAAGUUCCUGUUCGAAAACGAAAGCCCGGCUCACAUCUACUAUCGGUGGAAGUUGUUCUCCAUGCUCCAGGGGGACUCGGCUUCCGAUUGGCGUACCAAAGAGUUCCGGAUGUUCAAGGGUGGCUCGAUUUGGAAACCACCGCCGAUCAACUUCUACACUCAGGGUAUGCCCGAUGAACUACUGGCGGACGAUGAGGACUUGGAGGCUAACAAAGGGAAUCUAUCGGUGGCCCAACGGGAUCGUCUGGAGGAUCUCAUUCGCCAUUUAAGCCCCGAGCGCCAACGGAUCGCCGACGCAAUGAUCUUCUGCAUCGAGCACGCGGAUGCGGCCGAGGAAAUCUGCGAGUGCAUCACCGAAUCGCUGGCCAACAACGAGACGGUCGUCAAGAAGAAGAUUGCCCGCAUCUAUCUGAUAUCGGACAUUCUGCACAACUGCAGCGUCAAGGUGCAGAAUGCAAGCUUCUUCCGGAAGGCAUUGGAGAAAAAUCUGAUGGACAUUUUCAAGAAUUUGAACGGCUACCACAUGCAGCUCGACAGUCGUCUUAAGGCGGAAGGGUUCAAAACCCGAGUGAUGAAUGUUUUCAAGGCCUGGGAGGAGUGGGCCGUUUACCCAAAGGAGUUCCUCACAAAACUUCAGCAUACGUUUCUGGGAAUUACGAUUGUCGAAAAACAAGAGGAAGAACCGGAGGAGGAAAUCGAAGAUGAAGACUUGGAUGGCGUUCCGCUGGACGGUGCCGCUUUGUUGAAAUCGGCUAUGUUGAAGGGAAUGGCCGAACCUGACACGCGAACUCCCAUUCUCAAGCAGGGUAUUUACAGCGACGAGGAAGAUAUCGACGGUAUGCCCAUGGACGAGGACAUUGACGGUAUUCCUUUGGAUGGUAAUCAGGUGGGAUCUGCUGCGGAGGUUGAUUCCGAUGGAGGAGUUGGCAAGGGGAAGGGAGGAUUUAUACCUUCCAAGUGGGAAACGGUUGAUGCAUCACAGGUAGAAGCCCAAGCCAUCACGACCAGUAAGUGGGACACUCUGGAUCCGGUGGCUCCAGAACCUCCGCAAAUUUCGGCGGGAGAUAACUCAGACGACGAGCAGGGAAAUAUGAAAGGAGACGACGAAGCCCGCCGUUUGCGCCUUCGCGAAAUUGAGGUCAAGAUUGUACAGUACCAGGAUGAGUUUGAGUCCGGUGCCCGUCAGGUUCGUGUUGGAUGGACAGUUGCCGAGGAAAUUUCGCACUACCGGCGAAAAUUAAUCAAAAAGGCCGAGAAAGAACUUCGUCAAUUGCAGCAGCUACAACAACAGCAAUCACAGCAGCAGAGCAUGGACGAUACGGACGAGGACACGGAUGAGUACGACCGAAGCGCCAACUCGAAAAAGCUGUCCAAACGAAGUGCCAGUCCUGAGGUUUCCCGAAAGCACAAAAAGACCCGCCGGUCAUCAUCCACGGAAUACGUCCGCGAAGCUCCAUCCAAAUCCUCAAGGCGAUCCCGAUCGCCUAUCUAUACAACUAGCAGUCGUAGCAAACGGGAGGCUUCGCCGGUGGAAGUGCGUAGUAGUAAGACAACGUCCAGUAGACAUCGUCUGUCCAGAAGCAGCUCGCGUUCUCCCUCCCGAAGACAUCAUUCGGAGCGUUCUCUGUCACCGGCCACCCGCAGCAAGUACGACCUUCUGGAAUCGCCUGCCCGAGUGUCCAGCUCGGCCAAGUACGACAAAUACGAGAGCGCUAGCAGUUCCAAAUACGACAAGUACGAAACCGUCUCAUCCUCCUCGUCCAAGUACGAUGCCCGGUUGUACGAUGAGCGAUCGAGCAGCAAAUACGACAAGUAUGAGAAAUACGAGAGCUCAUCAUCAAGUAAACAUGAGAGGGAACGGGAGCGUGAACGGGAACGAGAACGAGAAAGAGAGCGCGAGCGUGAGCGGGAACGAGAACGUGAACGCGAAAGGGAAAAGGAACGGGAGCGAGAACGUGAUAGAGAACGAGAGCUGCGAGAGCGAGAACGGGAACGGGACCGGGAAUUGCGGGAACGAGAACGAGAGCGUGAACUUCGCGAUCGAGAUCGUGAACGGGACCAUCUGCGGGAACGGGAUCGUGAUCGUGAACGGAUGUACGCCGGCAGUAGCAGUAGCGCCAGUAGCAAGUACGAUAUUGUCAGUUCAAAGUACGAGGACGAUGCCCGAAGGUAUCGAUCGCCUUCGCCAAGUCGGACUGCCUCUCGAGAUAGCUAUUCCCGUUAUGCUAGCGCUGGCAGUAGCAGUGCGAGAUCGGAAAAGCACAAGAAACACAAGUACUAACUCACCCCUGACCUACAAGUGCAGUAAGUAUGUAUGUUGUUAUAAUAUACUUUAGUUUGUGAAGCUAAGUUAGCAGCAUAUAAAAGUAAUUCUAAAUUCAUUUGACCCGAUAUCGUGCAAAACUCAACGAUAAACAUUCGGAUUGCAACGAUGAUUGUCUCGGAAGCGACUAGUUGCAAAUUAUAAACUAUAGGUUGAGCAAAUUUGAGCAUUUUAACUGAAAUUGAACCCAUUUUAAAGUAAGAUUCCAUUAGGCUCAACUUUUGCAUGCUUUCUGUGUACGCAGCUCUAAACCAACUCAGUACAUGAUGAAUAGAAAGAAGAGAUAAUAAAGUGAAUUCUAUUGUAUGUUUGCAAACAA